AUGGUGGUCAAAGUCGGAUUGAGCAAGUUUUCCAAGGUGAGCUACUGAAACUAGUACUGUAGGAUACAGUAAUCCUGAAUUUUGCAGUUCGGAAUAAUUGGAUUGGGUGUGCUGGUAUUGCUGGCUGGGAUUAUGGCGGUGGUACAGUGUGUGAGGUGAGAACUGUAUCUACACACAAUUUAAAAUCAAUCAAGGAUUUAUUCAUUUCAGAGAAGACUCUAUGAUAAAAGAGGCCACCAAAGAAGAUUCGAGUGUUCCACAAGGAUCUGAGAAAUUUCUGAAGCCUCCACCUACAGAUAUAAAAACAAAUUCAAUGUUACCAUCAGUAUUCGCCCCAUUUUUCAUCGCAAUUUCCUGCCUGCUUUUCGCAUUUCUCCCAAUUUAUUACAUCCUCUUUCCAAUAGCUGUUUUAUGUCCGAUCGGAAUUGGCUUAUCAAUUUGGUCCAUUAUAAUUUGUAUCCAACAUAUCAAAGAAACCACAAAAAUGUUGGAAUUAUCAGCUGUGAUUGAAAAUUUUGUUGUAAUAUUUAUAGAUAUGUUGAAAUAUUUAGUGUAG